CAGAUCUGGAUCAGGACUCUGUGUGAGGUAAACUCUGGGCUGGAUCGGAUCUGGAUCAGGACUGAGGGGAAACUGAUCCGACUCAAAACAAGGAAGCUAAUGGGCCGGACGGAGGCUAAUGCUAAUGCAAGCGCGGCUGCCUGAGGCGCAGCUCCUCUGCUAACAGCAGGUUAGUUGUUUAUUGUAUUAUUUUGUGGUGAUAUUGUUGGAGGCGGUGCAGCGAUGUCGUCGCGGGUGUUGCUGCGGCAGCAGCUGAUGCGGGAGCAGGCUCAGGAGCAGGAGAGGCGGGAGGCGCAGCAGCAGUCGACUCAGCUCCGCCCCCCUGACUCCACCCCUGCCAUCUCCGUCACCGUCCCACCCACAGCCGCCCGCCCCCCACCUGCACAAGUACCUGUGGAGGUACUGAAGGUGCAAACUCAUCUAGAGAACCCGACCAAGUACCAUAUCCAGCAGGCUCAGCGGCAGCAGGUGAAGCAGUACCUGUCCACAACACUGGGCACUAAGGUCGCCUCUCAGACACUGUCUGUAUCUCCGCUGCCCCAGUCCAGCUCUGCCCCGGAGGCGGCGCCGUCUGCCUGCAGCGCCCCCAACAGCCCCAUGGCCAUGCUCAACCUCGGCUCCAACAAAGAGGAGAUUGAUGACGUAAUCGAUGACAUCAUUAGCCUUGAAUCCAGCUUCAACGAUGAUAUCAUGUCAUUUAUAGACUCUGGCUUACAGCUGCCAAACACACUCCCGGGGAAUCUUCUAGAUGUCUACACCAGUCCCGGAAUGACGACUCCCACCAUCACUGUGAGCAACUCGUGCCCCGCAGAUCUGCCCAAAAUCAAAACCGAGUUAACUGAUGUGGAGGCCAAGGCCCUGAUGAAAGAGAGACAGAAGAAAGACAACCAUAAUCUCAUUGAAAGGAGGAGGAGGUUUAAUAUUAAUGACCGGAUUAAGGAGCUGGGAGCACUCAUACCUAAAUCUGUCGACCCGGAGAUGCGCUGGAAUAAAGGAACGAUUCUGAAGGCGUCUGUGGAUUAUAUCAGAAAACUGCAGAAGGAGCAGCAGAGAGCUAAAGAGGUGGACAUGAAGCAGAAGAAACUGGAGCACGCCAACCAAAGCCUGCUGUUACGCAUUCAGGAGUUGGAGAUGCAGGCUCGUCUGCACGGCCUGUCCUCCAAUCUGUCCUCCUCCGGAGUCGGGGCGGACGCCCAGUUCCUCCAGCAGCAGCAGCAGCAGCAGAGACCCCAGGCCAGCGGGGGGGAACCUCUCACACACCUGGGUCUGGAUGGAGGUGUGGGUCCAGCGUCCUCCUUCCUGUCCCCGCCCCCCUCCGCCUCCCCCGGCCUGGGCCUGGCCGCUCCGCUGGACCUCGGCUCUCUGAGCUUCUCUGAGCUGGAUGAUCCGGCGGGAUCCGGCCUGUACCCGGACGUGAGUCUCGGAGACAUGCUAAUGGAGGAGUGCGCUCUGUCCCCCGAACAUCUGCUCAGCUCAAACUCUCCAGGAGCUUCUAAAAGCAGCAGCCGCCGCAGCAGCCUCGACAUGGACGAGGACUUGUGACGACGUGUCCAGCAGAGGUGUUCCACUUAUUUAAAUGUCAUUUUAGCCGAUUUUAGCUGUUUUUACCCGGUUUUACCUAUUUAUACACAAAACACAGCAAGGUCUUUGGGUGGUGGAAAUGUGUGUAUUGCUAUAAAUGGAGUACAAAAAAUAUAAGUAUAUAGACCAUGAAUCUACCACGACCAUGCUUUAGACUUUCAUAUGUGUGUGAGUUAUUUUCAGAAGACAGUAAAUCUAUACUGAUAUAUACGCUCUACACUGACUACUCUAAAUUUUCAGAAGGUUUCAUUUCUAAAGUUAUUUCCCAUGAAAAGAUAUAAUAGAAUAUGGCAAAUACUUGUUAGUUUAUUUCAGUUUAUAUAAAUUCUUGAAUAUUCUAAAAAAAAAAAAAAUAUAUAUAUAUAUAUAUAUAUAAUGAAAAAUAAUAAAUAAAUAUACAUAAUGAAACCACUUUUUGGAAACACACUCCACCUCUCUGUAUGUUUGUUGGUGAGCUUUACUCACUAAUCACACACAAUGAGCCUUUAUAGCACUAUUACCAUUUCCACUACUUAAUGAUCUCAGUAAAUAUAUUAGUGUUGGAACUAGUUAAGUGUAGAUAUGGGGAUUUUAUCUGAUGUAGAUCUGAUCCUGAAGCAGACGGGGAGCUCCACGGUGCUGACUGGUCUGUUAAUGUGUUUAAAUGCUGCCUUUAAGUCCUGUUAGGAAAUUCCUGUUUAAGAGUUUGGGGGUCGUAAUUUUUGAUUUGUGGUCGGGUGGAAACGGACGCCAUUAGAAAAAUCCUUUUGUUUAUACUUUUAGUCUAUUAUCAUAAAAAACAGGAGAUUAAUUUCACCUUACUCCCAAAGAAUAAAGUAAAUAAAACUCGCAUUAUAGGUAAAUGGGUGUUUUUAUCCCAUUAGAAACGUGAAUCAUACUAGACUUACGUUUUUUUACGUAUUGCUGGUGAUUUUAUCCAUUAGCUAAAAAACUGUCUGUAAACGCGAACUGUCUGCAUUAAUUUAUUCAAUUUAUUUAUCAAUAAUAAUAUUAUACUAUCAACGAGUUAGUGGCGUUCAUGUGCUCUUAUCUCAUUAAUACCAUAUUUCCAACACGACUUGAAGGCAGCUUAUUUAUCCAAACUCUUUCUAAACGUUUGUUCUUUUAUUUUAUUUAAACUGUGGAAAGUUUACACAGCUCUCCAGAAAACUCUUGUAGUUUGUGUUUAGAGUAAAUUCCAGAUAAUCCUGAUACAUUAAAUUACAAUACAUUUACCACCAUUUACUUUAUAAUUACACAUAAAUACAAAAUAACUGCAGCAUUCAUCUAACAAUCUAACAGUGUGAUUAUUCACACAGUAAAUUCAUUACUAAAUUAAUAUUUUUUAUUAAUUUUCCUCUGAAAAGCUGCUGUGUUUGGCAGUGCUGUGUAAAUGGUGUCGUUUGUUACAGCAGCAGCUAUAAUACAGUAAUGUGUGUGGGAUGGUGAUGAUGAUUUGAGUGUGAAAUGAAUAAAAUAGAUCAGUGGUUCUCAAACAUUUCAGAUCAUGAACCAAAAUCA